AUGCCACUUGAAGGACGUCUGCACAAACCCAUCCAAACAGAGCUAUACCUGGAAGAACUGUCUGAGUUUUUGGAAGAGACUGAUGUGGACUGUCAAACGGACAAAUUUCUCGAUCGGCCUCAUACUCCACUGUUCGUCCCUGCCAAAUCGGGUGAGGAUACCAGUACUCAAAUCUACGAAGGCGAUUUGUUCAACUUCGAUCUUGAAGUUAUACCAAUCUUGGAGGUGCUAAUCGGGAAAACAGUUGAACAGGCUCUACUGGAAGUUGCCGAGGAAGAAGAACUUGGUGCCAUCCGUGACCAGCAAGUAGCAUUCGAGGAGAUUAGACAAGCUGAACUAGCUGAGGUCCAACGCUUAAUGGAGCGAGAUAGACGUCUUAGGGAAGAAAAGGAUAAACGAAAGGCCGAAGCCAUUCGUGUUGCUGAGAGAGAAAGAGAGCUGGCCGCCAAGGUGGCUGCUCAGGCGUUUUCGCGCGCUUAUCUGGCAGAUCUGCAGGAUGCUGUGUUUAAAAUCUUGAGUGAUAAUGGAUAUUUCUACGAUCCGGUGGAACACGAGGAAGAACUGGACGUCGAGAAAAGAGCACGAAUACUGAUGGACGGAUUGAUUCGAGAGGCUGUGCAAGAACGUCACUACGAGUAUCGGCGCCUGGAAUUACUAGAAGAGGACAGUUCACUGAGUAUGGCCGCCGGAUCGGCACUAAUGCAAGGAAGCUUGAGCAUUCCUCCGGCAAUAACGGAAAACAAGCCAGAAGUCACCAAACCAAUCGAAAGAGAUUCAAAAUCAGAAGUGUCUACCACUGCAAUUAAAGAAAAGACAGAAGUAACAAGUCCAAACGAGGCUAAGGAACAGGUAAGUACAAAUACAUGA